AUGCGGGCUUUUGCCAUUGGACGUCUACUUGUAUGUGUCAGCAUCGGGGCUGGCCUGGCUCUCUCUAGCGCUAUUCCGAUCGGCCUGAAGAAGGAGCGCUCAGUCGCCCUGACCGACUCAACCGACGCGGCAGAGACGGCAAUCAACUGGAAGGUUGUCAGGGGAGGCCUCAAAGUCACUCGGGAUGUGAUCGUUGUGGCAGCAGGCGCAACCUCAGCCAUUGCAGCAGUAGUUGUCUGGAUCCAGAGCGACAGUUCUAAAAACACUUGCAGUCCUAUUUCAGGGAGUGGACAAUCGGACAACGGUCAGCAGAAGUACAACUUCAAGUACUGGGUAACCACUACUGGAAAGAAUUGUGAUACCACUGCACAGACGAAGACUGUCUCUGCUGCCCUUGAUGAUGCUUGGGAUGAUGUUCACAAGCGCAAUUAUGACUAUGCGUGCCUCGAUUUCAGCCAUGGAGGCACUUGGCAUGGACAUCUGGCAAUGGCUACGGUUGAUUCGGGUGUAGAUGUCAACACAAUGUGUAACUAG